AUGACUUCAAAGCAUAUCACACUCCCUGACGCAGAUGCAGGAUCGCCGCGCGCUGCCCUCCUCAGUCCCUGGCAACCGCCUCGAAGAUCUGCGUCCACCGGCCGGACUUCACCAUUUGUACAAAAUCGCGGAACUGCCUGGCGGGACAACCUCAUUAACAAUGCGGAAAAGCUCAAGAGACGCAUCGUUACGGUAUGGGGAAACAUGACCCUCCUCCAACGGGUCCUGACAGUCAUCGGAAUCGUCGUCCUUGAUGCAUUGGUGAUAUUGUUUCUGAUCUUCAACGAACGCAUCUUCGGCUUGCUCGAGCCCCUUGCUGAACGCUGGAAAAAUACCACAGGAGGCUGGACCAUCUUGUGGACUAUCAUAUUCUUCACCGCGUUUCCACCUGUCAUUGGGUACUCGACUUGUGGUACUACUGCCGGCUUCGUCUACGGAGUGUGGGAAGGGUGGUUGAUUCUAGCGACUGCCACCGUCGCAGGCUCCUUCUGCUCCUUCAUCGUUUCGAGAACCAUUCUUCGAAAAUGGGUCGAUCGUUGGGUUGCCAACGACAAAAGAUUUGCGGCUUUCAGCUUGAUCCUUAAACACGACGGGUUAAAACUAUUAUGCAUGAUUCGAUUCUGCCCACUACCAUACUCCUUGUCAAAUGGAGCAAUGUCAACAUUUCCGACCAUACAUCCUGCCAUGUACGCAUUAGCUACGGCAAUUGUCACCCCGAAACUGUUCGUCCACGUCUUCAUUGGAAGCAGACUGGCCAUCAUUGCAAGGACAAGAGAGAAGAUGACCUUCGGAGAUCGAAUGGUCAACUACUCCAGUAUUGUAAUAGGAGGCACUGUUGGUGUUCUGACAGGCUACUACAUCUACCGACAGACUAUGGCUCGAGCCAAAGAAUUGGAGGCCGAGGAAGCGAGUAACGUAAGGAAUUCUGUCCGAAGAACAGGCCACGUUCCGGAUCAGUACAACGACGACCCAGAAGCACAAGUUGCCGCCAACACCUUGGGGGCCGACGACGAUGCAGUAGACUACUUUGAUGAUGCUCCAAAUGAACGAGCAGAAUACCGCGACGAAGCCACCGACGACGAGGACGUCUUUGGACAAGGUGACGGUGAUGAUGAGGGAGUUUUAGACACUAUCGGUCUUCAACCGAAGAAAUAA